AAAACAUGAAGUUUGGUGUUAUAUAUGGCAUUGUUCUCACGUUAUUCUUAUUUUCUGUUGCAGAGGCAGUGGAUGAUGAAAUGAUAGAGAGGCUAGUUCAGACUGUAGAACGCAUGAAGGAAACACAGGAAGAAAUGCAGAAGGAAAUUCGUCAACUGAAGGGGGAGAUAAAUCGAUGUAAUAAUCAUACGAGAGAUUCACACAGAAGAAUGCUUCUUGGAAAUGACGAAUCUAUUGCUAGGGUAGCUUUCGAUGCCAUCUUGACUCACAAUCUUGACCACUCUUCUAUUGAGGAUACAACCAUUGUGUUUGAUAGUAUCCUGACCAAUGUCGGUAAUGCAUAUGUGAAGGACUUUGGAGCAUUUAUAGCUCCCGUUCCAGGGGUUUAUUUGUUUACCUAUACAAUUCACGCAGGCGGAGCCGGGGAUAUAUUUGGAACUUUGAUGGUUAAUGGCCAACAAAAGACAAGUAUUCACGUCGAUGGAAGCUAUCGUUCUAUUUUUAUAGCUUCUUCAUCGAGAACCGCAAUUCUGUCCCUUAACCAAGGAGAUAGAGUGUAUAUCCAUAUUUUGAAGAAUAGCCGAGGUCUCUUGAGCUCAACCAAUAACGGGCAUUCAUCAUUUGCAGGAGCCCUGUUAUUUACUAAUUAA